GCAAAGAAGAAGGACAAGGACAAAAAGAAGAAAAGCGACAAAAAGAAGAAGGAUAAAAAGAAAGGCAAGAAGGAUAAGAAAAAGAAGAAAAAGGCGUCUUCGUCCGAUUCCUCCAGCUCUGACAACAAGAAGGCUAAAAAGGAGCGAAAGAGGAAGCAGGAAGAAGACAAUGCGAAGAAUGCGUGGCUUGCCACCAAGAUGCGUGAGCUCAGAAAGGCAGACGCGAACCUUACAGCUCGCGAUGCCAUGAAGAUGGCCGAGGCCGAGUACGAAAAGAUCUUCAGUGGCGUCGGCGUUGGCGAGGCCGCCCCUGCACCUGCUGCUGCGGAGGGUGGCGAAUGGGGUCUCCCAGCGGCUGCAGAAGCAGCCAAGGAGGCUGAGGACGAGGCCCGAAAGCAAGGCAAAAGUGAAGAGGAGAUCGCCAAGGCCGGACGCGAUGCUGGGGAGCGGGUCAUGAGGGUGGCGGAGGAGGCUGGCGUCUACAAAGCCCCAAAGGAGCUACCUCUCUUCAUGCAAAAUCGGCUGAAGCAGCAAAGCGAGGCAGCUCGGCUAGCAGCAAUGCCAGCGCCAGUGGCAGGCGAAAACAGCCGUCCAGCCGAAAUGCAAGAGCCGAGGCGUUUGGCGUUGAAGCUGCCGCCGGACACAAAGGACAAAAAGAAGAAGAGGUAG